CCUCGCGACCCAUCGUGCUCCCAAAUAUAUAUAGUCGUGCAAAAUCGCCCGAAUAAUUACUUCGAUCUCUCUCCCACUAUUCGCACCCCCCGUUGUUAUUCACUGCCCUGCGCGUGCUGGGAAGACGCUUUAGCGUGCAGGCAGAAUGCCCUGGGCUAGUGAUUGGUUCGCGAGGCCCUCAAAAGCAGCGUCGGCUUCAGACUCGCCAAGUGGUGCAGCAAGUCACUCCGCCUACGAGGACGAGGUCGCUUUUAUCAACGACGGCUCCUCCAACACAUCCUCUCCCUUCUCCAACCAGCCUCCCACUCCCGACGAUAACGAUAUCGACCACGCGAGUGUUACGAUGCCGAUGACCUCACCUAUCGACAUCGCCACGCCUACACGAAACGCAUCUUCGUCACCGUCGUCCCAAGGCAAGAAGCCCGUCUAUCACGACAUCGACUCGCGCAGCUCCGCCAUGAUGAGCGGCACCGCCUUCGACUCGAGCAUGGGGAGAGGCAGACAGGAUUCCUUUGGAGGGGCCAAGCCCAUUUCCAUGAAUAAUCCUAAUAGACACAAUGAUGGUCGGCCGCGGCGAGAGAGUCUAGCUGGAAGCCUUGUUCAAGGCAUGAGCUGGGGAGGCGUUUCUGUUGGAAGUUGGAUUCGAGACGACAUUAUCAUGGCCGGUACAUCACCAUUCCCAUAUCAAUCACCCUCAUAUCACUCAUCCUCAUAUCUACCGAAGCUUGAGGCGAAUUUCAUGAGAGAUUUUGCCUGCUGCGGCGAGACGUUACCAACCCUCCACGAUCUGUUACAACACUAUGAAGAGGCACAUGCACAGCAGACGCCCCAGUCACUGCGGACUGCUUCUGCAGCAGCUCGGGCGAGAGAAAAUUCCACCCCAAAUAGCAAAGCAGCUAUCGCGGCUCAAGCGGCUACGGCAGUUCAGCAGCAAGCUCAGCAACAGCAGAACCAGCAAUCACAAGCAUCACGGCCACAAGGCUUACAGAUGCCACAAGGAGGCGCACCGGUUGGGGGAAUACAACUUAUGCGACAGCAACAGCAAUCACAGCCAUCGACUCCAGUUCCAAAGCAUGUUCAACCAGUUUCUGAGGAUAUGGAUAGUGUAGAGGAUAUGGAGAUGGACGACGCAAUAGGACCUUUGGAUCAAGCACCAGAGACACCAGUACAAACCCAUCAACAACCAGUCCAACCUGUUCAGCAAUCAAUGUUUGGCCAGCAACAACGACCAAAUCUGAAUCUCAACUCGAAUAUUGCCGGCUUACAACAUUCCGGCCUCCGAACAUCGCAACCGACCACUCCGGCAACUGCAGGUUUUGGCUUCCAGAACAAUCCUACAGUUUCAUCUGUAAACACCCCUACCCUCAGCGCCCAACCAAUACAACAGCAACAGGCACAAUACCUUUCGCCUGAUACCUCGGUUCCAGGGACCCCGGCUGGCGAGAUGGAAGAUGACUUCUCAAACAUGCCGAUGAACAUGGGGAUGGGACAGAACAUGAAUAUGGCAAAUAUGAACUUCCCGUUUGGGAUGGGCUCUGACAGUUUAUCUUUGGAUCUUUGCAUUGACGAACCAGCGAAGCGAUUGUACAGCCCGAAUGGGUACAACAACCAAAGAUUGCAGCAACAAUUCGCACAAUUUGGUUUGGGACAAGGCCAAUUCAACAAUAAUAGUGAUUUGAUGCUGGCAUACCGACAACAACAGUUAAUGUCUAUGGGUGCAAUGGGCAAUCCACAAGCAGCAGCAGCAAUGAUGAUUGGAGAGGAGCAUAAGCCAUUUAAGUGUCCAGUUAUUGGAUGCGAGAAGGCUUACAAGAACCAAAACGGUCUCAAAUAUCACAAGACUCACGGUCAUCAAACCCAACAAUUACAUGACAACGCCGAUGGUACGUUCUCGAUUGUGAACCCAGAAACCUCCACUCCCUACCCAGGAACUCUUGGCAUGGAAAAGGAGAAGCCUUACAAAUGCGAUAUCUGUGGCAAGAGAUACAAGAAUUUGAACGGAUUGAAAUAUCAUCGACAACAUUCACCUCCUUGCAACCCUGAUCUGAAGCUGAACAGUCACAUGGCUGCUGUUGGCUUAGGAUUAGGAGUCAAUGCUGGAUUACCCGGCAUCGGCGAGGAAGGUAUGAUGUGAAAGCAGAUUACCAUUCCACCCCACAACAAAAUCGACGAGUUCACGGCUCCCCAGCAUUCUUCAUCCUGAGGUCUUUCACAUAAAACGGCGUACAUUUCUCAACGAAAAUCACUUGCAUUGGGCGGAGUUAAUUCAUCAUCACGAGCUAAGACUAUACCCCCGGAUAGAUUGA